GUGUUUCUAGUCGGACGCUUAGCGGUGUGGCACAGGACUUUAACGUGGGACGCAGUGUAAGAUAGAGCUCAUUGAAAUUACGUUACAUUGAUUUACUUCAGUGACCUCGUUAUCCAAAGGAAUGUCUAAAAAAGGCAAAUCAUCAGUAAAAUGUCCUGAGCAGAAGAAAGAGGACAUGGAAGUGCCUGCUAAACACAGAAAGAUGGACACCACCAGCCCUGCAUCUCCACUGUGCUUCGACUCUCCAGCCAGCUUAUUCCAGAGUCUGAUCUCACCCACGACUGUGGACGAGUUUUUCCGUGAGCACUGGGAGAAGAAACCAUUGUUGCUGCAGAGAUCAGACCCAGCACUCGUGUCUUACUACCGGUCCCUCUUUCAGCUGUCAGAUCUUAAACAGCUGUGCGCCCAGGGCCUGGAGUACACCAGAGAUCUUAACAUGGUACGCUGUGUAAACGGUGACAAGGCAGUGAUGAAUAACGAGGGCCGUGUGAAAUACAGCCAGCUGAGAAAGGAUUUUAAUCAGAAGAAGGCCACUAUCCAGUUCCACCAGCCGCAGAGGUUUAAGGAUGAGUUGUGGCAUAUUCAGGAGCGUCUGGAGUGUUUCUUCGGGGCGCUGGUCGGAUCCAACGUCUACAUCACACCCGAAGAUUCUCAGGGUCUUCCGCCUCACUAUGAUGACGUGGAGGUGUUUAUUCUGCAGUUGGAGGGUGAGAAGCACUGGCGCCUGUACGAGCCGACCGUCCCACUGGCUCGCGAAUACAGCACAGAGCCUGAGGAGCGCAUCGGAAAGCCCACUCAUGACAUCAUACUGAAGGCAGGUGAUCUGCUGUACUUCCCCAGAGGAACCAUUCAUCAAGCAGACACACCUGCGGGAGUGGAACACUCCACACACCUCACUCUCAGCACAUAUCAAAUCAUGUCGUGGGGUGACUUUGUGUUGGACGUCUUCCCUGGUUUUAUGUUAAACUCUAUGAAGAAUGACAUCAGCUUACGCCGUGGUUUACCCAGAAACCUCCUUACUUCUGCACACAUGGGUUCUGAGGUAAAGAAGCACGUGUGUACGAUUCUGAGGAAUCUAGCGGAGCAACUGGAGCAGGACGAACAGGAUCUGCGUUCCUCCGAGAUGAGGAGAGACUUCAUCUCCAACAGACUCCCACCUUACCACCUGCAAGAGGAAGACCUCGCUCCAGUUGGAAAGUUGCCAACGCUGGAGGACUUGGUGUGUGUGAGGUUCAGAGAGCAUGUUGUUCUGACACUGGAGCCCAGUUCAGACAACACGGAUGAAGCUAUGAAGUUAGCGGCAUUUGUGCUACACUCGCUGAGGAACAAAAGGGAGACGCACAUGAUGGGGCCUCGGGGUCAUCAUCAUGAUGAUGAUGAGGAGGAGGAGGAUGAGGACGAGGACGAGAAGACAGUACAGGGUCUGGACUUCCCCAUGUCACACCUCCCUGCUCUGCAGCAGCUCCUGAGUGGAGAGCGACUCCGUGUGGCUGAGCUGCCACUGCAGCAGGAUGCUGAUAAACUCGGCCUGGUGCUCGGACUCUGGACAGAGGGAUUGCUGCAGGUCUGCUAACUAGUCAUGUGCUGAUAUUUUCACAAUAUAGAAAAUGUUUGAAAAAUUAAAAAAACUCCUUACCUCAUCUCCCAGUGUUGUUCAGUGUGUGACCUUACAGAUCUACAGCUUACAGGCUCUUCAUAAUAUUGUUUAUAAGCAACACUGACCUGCUUCGCAUCUUUGGACUGUCGGUACAGGACCACUUAUAAGAACAUCAGCAGAUGGACGUAAUUGUUACAUCAGAGUAUGACAUGAGUGUGUAACAGUAGAGGUUUUCUUCUGGUACAUACUCUGCUAUUGUGCAGUGAUGCUAGCAGAGGGUCUGCGCGACAUGUACCAAGGAUCCUCUCAGUACCAUUGUGGGAAAAUCACACGCACACUCCCGUCCUGUUUCUGUGAUUGUUUCUGUUAUAUUCUGGGAUCUGAUGUCUACAGAUAAAAGGCUGGAAAUGAAAUUUUUCAGGUCAUCUAUUCAUUCAACCAGAACACCAGAAUGUAAUAUAUCUUUAAUAUUAAUAACAUUUAAAAACAGUGAGCUUAGUAACUGUACACAUUAUUUGCUUUGCACAUGGCAUUCAAUACAUACAUCUUUUCCUGAAUAUCAUACACUCAGUGUUCAGUCAUAAAUCCAGUGAUAUGACCAGCUUUAAAUAAUUCUCUGUACAUAGCCAAACUAACAGAAGUAAGCAUUUGGCCUGUAUCUGUCUAAAGGGAGUUUUGACAUCGUUUGAGGCUGAAAGAGGACAUCGUUUGUUGUAUCCAGUAGCAGUGCGUAGGGGGAACGCACUAAACUUACGAGAGGGCUACUUCUGUUCAAGUGAGGAUCUCAGUAGUGCAAAUGUGCUUUGAAGAACAAAAAAAAAGCAAGCAUAUAUUUCAUACUCUUUAUAUUGCCUCAAACAGGAACUGCACACAGCUCCUUUGUCCUCAGGUAUUCUGCCCUUGAAUAGUCAUAGACUUGUAUGUGUAGUGGUUUUGGCUAUUGCGUUUAAAAAUCAGAACACCUCUCUGAACAGGCUUUCUUCCUCGUUCGGUUAGAGCUUCUGUGUUUGUUCCAAGAUACUGUUGAAUACCACCAAGUGUAGAACUGAAUCAAAUGUCUGGUUUCAGAUGCCAAAGUGCAACCACUUGAUUUGACUCAUAAACAAACAUCGUCUAAUGGGUUGAACAAAUCGGUGUUAGGAUCAAGAUGCAGAAGAUAACGUGAAUUGCAGAGGCUCCUUAGG